AUGGCAGACACGUCUUUGUUCGCAGAUUGCCUCUUUGCUCUUGCUUGCUAUGCACAUUCCUCGCCCCUCGCCCGGAAUGCGGUUGUAAGGGCUGGACGACCGCUUCUCGCGCAAUGUGAUCCACGCAAUCGUUUGCUUUGCAUUCGACGCUUGGCUGAUGACUUGGACGGCACUUGCAAGGCUUGUCAUGGUUUCCAGGCGGAUGUCCACAGUCUUCAGCCAGACAUGUCUGCAAGGAGUACCACCUCAUCUCGAGAUAUCUUCGUUCCCCGGGCACGCUCCGCCUUCGAAGUGGACGAGGCGACGCGGCUCGAGGUGGAGGAGUCCGAGAGGAUUUUCCGCCGGCCUUCCCGUGAGAUCCUGGGGGUGGAGACCCCAGAGCUCUUCUCUGCAGACCCCUUGGGACUGCAGCCACGGCUCUCGCGAGCUCAGUAUCGCCAGAACCGCAGCCGCAAGAACUGA